AGCGCAGCCACUGCGUUAUUCAAAUCGGCGGCGCGGCCGGCGGAAAGCCUGGCCACACAGUCGGCUGGACCCGGCCGUAGUGUCACCUUCCACCGCCAUGCACCGCGCCCCGCGCUGACGGACCUCCGGGCCGGAGGGGGAAGGCAUGGAGAAUCGGAGUGUGCCCCCGGGUCCUUAUCGGGCCACCAAGCUGUGGAAUGAAGUUACGACAUCUUUUCGAGCAGGAAUGCCUCUAAGAAAACACAGGCAACACUUCAAAAAAUAUGGCAAUUGUUUCACAGCAGGAGAAGCAGUGGAUUGGCUUUAUGACCUAUUAAGAAAUAAUAAUAAUUUUGGUCCUGAAGUAACAAGGCAACAGACUAUCCAAUUAUUGAGAAAAUUUCUUAAGAAUCAUGUCAUUGAAGAUAUCAAAGGGAGAUGGGGAUCAGAAAAUCUUUAUGACAACGGUCAGCUAUUCAGAUUUCCUGCAAAUUCUCCACUUAAAACUCUUCCACGAAGGCAUCCAGAAUUGAGAAAAAACAGCAUAGAGAACUUUUCCAAGGAUAAAGACAGUAUUUUUAAAUUACGAAACUUAUCUCGUAGAACUCCUAAAAAGCAUGGAUUGCAAUUCUCUCAGGAAAAUAUUGAAAACAUGAACUGUGAAAGAAUCAAUGAAGAUCAAGAAAACUCAGUUGAUAAUAGAGAAAUAAGUCAGAAAGAUAUUGAAGAAGUUUGGAGAUACAUUAUUCUGAACUACCUUCAAACCAUUUUAGGAGUGUCAUCCCUAGAAGAAGUCAUAAACCCAAAACAAGUGAUUCCUCAAUAUAUAAUGUACAACAUGACCAAUACAAGUAAACAUGGAGUAGUUGUACUACAAGACAAAUCAGAUGAUCUUCCUCAUUGGGUAUUAUCUGCCAUGAAGUGUCUAGCAAAUUGGCCAAGAAGUAAUGAUAUGAAUAAUCCAACCUACAUUGGAUUUGAACGAGAUGUAUUUAGAACAAUUGCAGAUUAUUUUCUAGAUCUCCCUGAACCUCUACUUACCUUUGAAUAUUAUGAAUUAUUUGUGAACAUUUUGGUUGUUUGUGGCUACAUCACAGUUUCAGAUAGACCCAGUGGGAUACAUAAAAUCCAAGAUGAUCUACAGUCUUCAAAAAUCCUUCACUUAAACAGUUUGAAUUCCUUCAAAUCAACUGAGUGUCUUCUUCUCAGUCUGCUUCGCAAAGACAAAAACAAAGAAGAAUCAAAUACUACUGAGAGACUGCAGAUAAGCGAUCACGGAUUUCAAGAAAAAUGUGUUAAGAAAGUGCAGCUAGUUGAUUUAAAAAACAGAAGAGCCAGUGCUAAUGACAUAAUAGGAGGAAGCUGUCAUAGUUUAAUAGGCUUAAGUAGUAUGCAUGCUUUAUCUUCUAAUAUCAAACCAAGGUGCUAUUCUUUAGAAGGAAUUAUAGAUUUGCCAGGGAGUUCAUGUAAAGAGGUCUCCAAUGUCAUCCAUCAAUCUAUUCUGAAUAUAGAAGGACAAAAUAAUAAACAGUUUUUAGAGUCUGAGAUCAAACAGGAAUCCAUAAUGAAUCUUCAUUCGGAGGAAAGUAUUCAAAAGCCACUCUGUGUUGGUUUUAAGAGAACCUCUACUAUGACUGUUCAAGACCAAGAGGAGUUAUAUAAUGGGAAAAGCAAGUCAAGACAGCUUUGUAGAUCUCAGAGUUUACUUUUAAGAAGUAGUACGAAGAGGAAUAGUUAUAUCAAUAUGCCAGUGGCUGAAAUUAUCAUGAAACCAAAUCUUGGACAAGACAGCACAAGUGUGCAAACAGCUAUGGAAGGUGAACAUGGAGAGUUUAGUGCCACAAUCAAUAAAAGACUCUGCAAAAGUACAGUAGAACUUUCAGGAAAUUCUUUACCUUCAGCCUCUUCUAUGUUGACUGGCACACAAAGUUUGCUGCAACCUCAUUUAGAGAGGGUUGCCAUCAAUGCACUACAGUUAUGUUGCUUGUUACUUCCCCCACCAAAUCGUAGAAAGCUUCAACUUCUGAUGCGCAUGAUUUCUCGGAUGAGUCAAAAUGUUGAUAUGCCCCAACUUCACGAUGCAAUGGGUACAAGAUCACUGAUGAUACACACGUUUUCUCGAUGUGUGCUAUGCUGUGCCGAAGAAGUGGAUCUUGAUGAGCUGCUUGCUGCAAGAUUAGUUUCUUUCUUAAUGGAUCAUCAUCAGGAAAUUCUUCAAGUACCCUCUUACUUACAGGCUGCAGUGGAGAAACAUCUUGACUACUUAAAAAGGGGCCUUAUUAAAAAUCCUGGAGAUGGACUGAUUGCUCCUUUGCCAACAUAUUCAUACUGUAUGCAGAUUAGUGCUCAGGAGUUUGAUGAACAAAAAGUUUCUACCUCUCAAGAUGCAAUUGCAGAACUUUUGGAGAAUAUUAUUAAAAGCAAGAGUUUGCCUUUAAAGGAGAAAAGGAAAAAACUAAAACAGUUUCAGAAGGAAUAUCCACAGAUAUAUCAGAAAAGAUUUCCAACCACGGAAAGUGAAGCAGCACUUUUUGGUGACAAACCUACAAUCAAGCAACCAAUGCUAAUUUUAAGAAAACCAAAGUUUCGUAGUAUGAGAUAAUAACUGAGUUACAAAUUAUAUAAUACUUAUGAAACUUAAGUAAAUAAAGCCAUAUCUAAGAAUCCAGCUACUUUUUAAAAAGGAAACCUGUUUAUUAUGUAGUUUUUUCCUAAACAAAGCACAUUGUAUAAGGAAGUGCCAAAAUAGUUUUUAUCAAUGUGAAAUUGCUAAGAAACUAGUGGAUCCCAACUGAGAGAAAAUAAUAAUAGAUGAUACCAGAUAUUUUAAUAGAAAUCAAUCUUUGUUUUUUUUAUAGAACUAUCUGGAAAAGCUAUCAUCGUGUGUACUAAAAUUAUAUUUACUUGAAUUUUAAAACUGACAUGUUCAGUAAAAUUAAGCUCUAAUUCUAUUUUCAAAAGAAAACUCAGCAUGUGUACAUAUGGAUAUUAGCUUAAAGAAUUAGUUGUGUAGAGUUACUUUUGUUUUUAAGAAUGUGAAGAAUAUUUGAAAACUCAAUGAAUUCUCAACUGCUAAAUAUUGCACUCAUUAUUUUUACUUUUGAUCUAUUUAUAUAUGUAUGUGUUUUUAAAAUGUGUAUAUAUAGACUUUGGUUUGCCUUAAAAAUGUAUCCUAAUUGCUUCAGUCAUCAUUUCUUUCAGUAAAUAUGUAAGACAAUCAUGUAUUCAUCCAUAAGAUAUUUAUUUAGCAACUACUACGAGCCUUUCAUUAUUUUAGGUAUGGAGAGACAAUGAUGAAUAACGUAAAACCUCUUCCCUUAAAGUAUUUUCUAAUUAAGGGAGAUACACCUAACAGAUACUUAAAAAUAACAAUACACCCACCCCCCAAAAAUCAAGUCAUGGGGAGUCCUUCAGCUGAAGACUGACCUCUUUGAUUAUGAGACAGUUCUCUAAGCUAGUAUUUUGUAUUUUUCAAACUGUUACAUAUUAGAAUCACCUGGAGAGCUUUUAGUAAUAUAUUCUUAGGCCCUACCUUAUAACAAUUAAAUCCAAAUUUUGAGGGGUGGUAUAUAGCAGCAAUUUUCAACCUUUUUCAUCUCAUGGCACACAUAAAUUAAUUAUAAUAUUCUUUGGCACACUGAAAAAUCUUAUUAUAUUUUUGCCAAUCUGACAAAAAGAAGGGUAUAAUUCUGAUUCAGUCACUCUGGACAGCUAUUGCUGUGUUGGCUGUUGUUUUUUUAUUUGACAACCUAAGGAAAGAGAGGUCAGUGCCCCUGACUAAAUAGUCAUAUAGUGCAUGUUUUAAAAGUUCUUACGGCAUACCGGUUGAAAAUAGGUGGUAUAUAGUAUAGGUAUCAGUAUUUUUCAAGUUUCUAUGUGAUUCCAGUAUUCAGCCAA